UUGCUUCAGGGGCCUUCUCGCGUGUCGCCCUUGCGUUGCACUAUUGCAUGGGCCUGGCCCACCCCACCAAUAACAUUCCAAUACUUUUCUCGGUCCGCUUCUUUUUCAGGAUGGCCUUUCAAUUCUGCUAAUUAUCCGACGCCGUACAACGCGUUUCUUAAUCAUCUGCAAACUCCUGCAGCCAUUGAAAGAGGAGAGCCAAACCCCUCAGAUCCGAUCCGCGACUCUCCUUUCGCCGCCGCCUUCAACUGCAUUUCCACUCUCCUUCUCAGAUCUGAGUUUUUCCCCACUACAAUGGCGACCAAGUCAUCGCUUCUUCUAGUCUUCCUCCUCCUCGGCUCCCUCUCACUCAGCGCCACCACCGCCGCACAGACUCCCAAUCCAUCACCCCCGGCCGACUCCGACCCCAAUUCUCCUUCUCCUACUCCAUCUCCCGAAUCCGGAUCUCCAUCCCCCGUUUCCAACUCCCCGCACCUCUCGCCUCCUGCGCCUCCAACCUCAGAUCUACACUCCCCUGCCUCCGGUCCUGCUCCGAGUCCGACUCCAGCUGAUGAAAACUCUCCAGCGCCUUCCCCAUCGGAAGCAGUGGACGGGAACAAGAGCGGCAGCGCGAUGGCGACGGAAGACGGCGAGAUCGCGAAUUCGUCCGGGAUGAGCGGCGGGAAGAAGGCGGGAAUCGCGGUGGGACUAGUAGCGGCGGUGUGCGUCGUCGGGAUCGGCGGGAUGGUUUACCGCAAGAGGCAGCAGAAUUUGAGGAGGGCGCAGUUCGGUUCCGCCGCCAGGGCGGAUCUCCUGUGAGGAUGAAAGCAACCACAACCUGGAAACGGCGACGGUUCGCGGUUCACUCCCACCGCCGGUAAAUACGGAUUUUUUUCUUUUUCCCACGGUUAAAAGAAAAGGGAAGAAACAAAAGAUGUGGUUUAUAUAGUAAUUAAUUGAUAUAUUUCUCUAGUUUUUUUUUAAUUUUAAUUUCCGAUUUAAUUUUAAUUACGAUUGGAUUCGUAAUUUUGGUUUAAUCAUCAUUAUAUGAUUGGUAUUUUAUAUUGAUCUUGUAUUGUUUACGUACGGAAUGGUUUUUGAUUAUUCA